AUGAAAAGUGAUUCCAAGCUGCUUGUAGACUGGAUAUUGAAUCACAGUGAUCCUCCAUGGGCCAUGGAUACUAUCAUGAAUAUUAGAUCACUUCUGGAAAGUGUGGAUAGUUGGAAGAUGGAGCACUGUUACAGGGAAGGUAAUAGAGCAGCAGACACCUUGUCCAACUGGGGAUUGGAAUGCAAAGAAACAACUUGGAUUACCAAUUUCCAACAGCUGCCCAAGACAGUUAAAGGGGAGAUCAACAUGGAUAGAAUGCAAAUGCCUACUUUUAGGAUUUGUCCAGUCAAGAAUUCAAAGGAUUAUCAAAACAAGAUAAUGGCAUUGGAUGAACUUUUCGACCUCGACAUGGCUUUGACUAUACCAGAGCCUGAAAUUUCUGUCUGUAAUAAUAACAGCCACAUGAAACCAAUGACGGAUGUUUCUUUCGCCCAAAUUGGUCGUGAAAUGCCUACAGUUGACGUGGUUGGUAACGUUUGUACAGUGUGCAUGGAAAGUUUCGAAUCUAGUGUUGGUGCCAAACAAGUCGCUUGUGGGCAUGUUUUCCAUUCAUAUUGUCUUACCAACUGGCUUUCCCUUCACAACUCUUGCCCUCUUUGCCGGUUUCAAGUCACCGUCAGCCAGCAAAUACCUCUUUAA